AUGUUGCAGGAUUUUGAUGCUCAACAACUCGUUAUGAAUGACUUGGCCUCUUUUGCACAAUCACGUUCUAAUUCUGAUUCUUUGAAUUGUUCUGGACGGUCUAUGGCUUUAUUUCCUUCCAAUCUUGACGAGCUCUUUUCAGCUGAGGACUCCUUGUCUCCCAGUUACUCUAAUCAGGCAGUGGCUUCUGGGAUUAUCUCUCUAAGGCACAAAUCAGUUGUUCUUAAUCAAUUUCAGCAGCAGAGCAUGCUUUCGCCAAUGAAUAGUAAUGUUUUUUCUCCUAAAAGUGAACGAGAUGCAGCUGCUGUAGCAUCUAAGCAGCGUCAGCUCCCGGGAGCUUGGAUCCAACUUUGCCUCUCUUGUAGGGAGAUUUCUUCGCACUACAUAAUGGUUUCCAUCGGGUUCUUCAGAUUUCGAAAUAUUCCUUUCGUUCAGCGAUAUGGGUUAUCAAAUUUCGGGGGUUGGGGGUUCCUUCACCGUCGCCGGUCAUCAAGAUUUCAGGCUGGGUUUAUGGGUAGAUCUCAAUUUUUGGGAGAGAUCUCCAGAUUUCGCAUUUCGCAGGUUACCAUCGGGAUCUCAUGA